UAAACCAUGGUAUAACGAAGAUUGCAAAUCCACUCUUAAAAACCGUGAUUGUUUCCUCAGACGACUAAACAACCACCCUUUCAUGGACAAUAUUGCAGCAUACCAAAUGGUCGGAGCAAAGGCUCGUAGAACCAUACGUCAAGCAAAGAAAUCUUGAUGUCAAGGUUACGUCUCAAGGAUCAAUUCCUGUACCACAUCUAAGUCAGUAUGGGAUAGGAUUCAUAGAAUUAAAGAGCUUUGGGAUUCGCUAAAGCGAGCUCAGGACACUACAACUGGUCCAGAUGAAAUACACAACCAGAUUUUAAAACAUUUACCUUUGCCAACACUCUUAGUCUUGCUGGAUCUUUUUUAACCGGAUUUGGGUUGAUGGGAAUUUCCCUCCUUUGUGACAUGACGCCACAAUAAUUCCCAUCCCUAAACCAGAAUUAGAUAUUUUAUUGGGUGAUACACAAUGUGAAAUCAUUGAUCAUGAGACCAGUAUAAUGCACAGAUUACAGAAUACCAUCUUAGAGCAUUCUCAGGUCAUAUAUGAUGUCAUGGAAUAUACAGCAGAAUUAGAUUGUUUAAUGGCCCUAUCUACAUGCGCAAGAGAAUUUCGAUAUGUUCGUCCACAGAUGGUAAAAGAAGAUAUUAUUGAUGUACAAAGUGGAAGGCAUCCUGUACAGGAGAUAUGUUGUAGUCAAUUUGUACCUAAUGAUUACUGUAGUAAAAAUGGUGAAGGAAAGAUAAAGAUUUUAACUGGGCCUAAUGCUUGUGGUAAAAGUGUCUAUCUGAAACAGGUAGCUUUAAUAGUUUAUAUGUCUCAUAUUGGAAGUUUCGUACCAGCAGAAAGUGCUACCAUUGGUACUGUCGAUAGGAUUUUUACUCGGAUUAAAUCAUUAGAGAGUGUGUCCAUUGGUCUUUCAACAUUUAUGUUGGAUAUCAGUCAGAUGUCAGAAGCAUUAAAUUGUGCAACAAACAGAUCUUUAGUCAUGGUUGAUGAAUUUGGUAAAGGCACUGAAUCGAUUGAUGGCUUAUCAUUAUUAUGUUCUUCUUUACGCUAUUGGCAAGCUAUGGAGAAUUUAUGUCCACAUAUUUUAGUUUCUACUCACUUUCACAGUAUUAUACAUAGACAAAUACUGCCUCAGACACCCCAACUUAAAUUUCUGACCCUUGAUACACUGCAUAAUGGGGAAGAUCUUGUAUAUUUAUAUCAGAUUGUUGAAGGUCAUACCAGUUCUAGCUAUGCUAGUCAUGUUGCUGCUAAAGUUGGACUACCUCAAGAAAUAGUUAAACGAGGAAUUGAGGUAUCUGAUUUAUUGAGGAAGAAACAGCCAGUUCACAGAGUUGAUUCAGAAAGUACAGAAAACAAUUUCAAAAGGUGUCAAGCAAUUGUUUCCAAUUUCCUGGAACUAGAUUUGGACAACGAUGAUGUAGAAAAAUUCCUUAAAGAAUAUGUUUUAACUACAUACAAAGAUUAAAUAGUAGUUUUGAAACCACUUUCAUUAUACAGUUCCAAGGCAUCCUUUAUGUAAUUUUUUAUAAAAAUAAAUAAAAAAUAGUACCAAGGAAGAUGCAAAUGGAACAAAUGAGUAUUGUUUGAUAAAUUCCUGAAAAAGAAAAGACAUAGAAAGUUACAGGCAAUAACCACUAAGAACACAACAACUGUAAAUGUACACCAUUUUUCUCUGUGUACAAAGCCAUGCGAAACUGCCAUACUUAAAAUGAAAUUUGAAAUUCAAAGUAUAAUUCUUCCCAAUUUUUGAGUGACAUGUUAAUUUGGCAAUAAAAUUUUAUAAAUUCCUAAAGAAGGCUCUUACUUGAAUAACAGGAAACAAUAAAGAAACUAUAAAAGCAGACAAUGAAUUAAAGAAUAUAGCAACUGUCAUGGCUGAUGAUUUGGACUCCUGAGUAAACAUUUCAGCCACCAUAAACCAUGGUAUGGAGGCUGAAAAAAAUGGAAUGGGGUUGCUGAACACUUUAUUAACAAGGUUAAUUAGACUUAAUAUUUGAUCAUUUUAAAAAUUGGGUGUUUUUUUCACAGGAAUCUGACCUUCUAUUCGUAUAUAUAUGUAUACACCAUACUCAACUAGACAAUAUAUAAU